AUGCCCACAUCAUCAGACAUUGAGGUGACAUUCCCUGGCACUGACGUUGGUCGCCGGGAGAACUACCUACAAUCCCUACCCACUGAGUUGAUACGCCAAAUUGCUGGAUACGUCUCCGAAGACCUGGUUAUUUCCACGGCACAGGAUCUAUUAUCUCUAUUGCUCACCUGCAAACGAUUGAGACUCAUUGUCCUGAGGUUUCUCUACGACUUCAACGCGCGAAUGAUGAACAGUCCUUGCGACGCCGGUCAUUACUGGUGGCGCAAGAGGUUCACGUCCUCCUGCAGAACCCACCGAGGCUCCCACCGUCCUGCCCUCGGAUGGGCAAUCGAGCAUGAGUCCCAGUGGACAUUAAAGGCAAUCUUCUUUUUUACACCAAAGGUAUAUGAUUCUUUUCAUGUCUGGUAUGCCAUCAAGUGCAAAAAAUACAAUAUCGCAUGGAGCAUGUUGAGACUGCAGACGGUUAUCGAUGAACUAAAGGCUGGGAUAACACCAAACAGCCCGGUCUUUGCGGCAGUGGCAUCAGGUUGCCCACCACUAAUUAAUGGUAUCAUCCGAAUCCAAGGACUGGACUUCCAAAAGACCUGUUCUGAUGGGAUGUCAGUGCUUGACUACGCCUGCCAAAUGGGUGACUGGGAUCUAACACGCUGGUUUCUGGACCAGGGAGCAAACCCUUACCUCCGUGCAGUUACAUCUCUACAAUACGCGAUUUAUUGCUCCGACGCAGAAGCCAGCCGUACCGUCGUGAAAGGGAUCCUAACACUGAGGCCCAACAUCAGAUUUAUCUCGAAUGCAAAUUGGGCCGUCGUAAAACACGAUCGUCUUGACAUUCUGGAAAUAUUCAUGGAAAGAGGUAUCAUCCAUGAAGUUUUUGAGGGUCCACCCGGUCAUCUGGGUGACCUCUUCAAGCAAGCGAUCCAGGAUGGUGCUAUAGCAAUUUUUCGAAAGCUAUUAAGCCUCUACCCCAUCAGGCUAUUGACGGAGAGAUGUAUCUUGGAUAGAUUGACGGAAAUACCCCUUCAAGACGACAGGGGCAAAGCCGUACAGGAGGCUCAGCUGUUGAUCGAUCGUGUUCGGCGGAUGACCAACAAUGAUCUCUCAUUUACUUACGAAAAGAUAAAGCCGUGUCUAUCUAGUUGCAUCUAUUACGACAAUGCCAUGCUUGCAGACUACAUUCUUGGCUUGUCUUGUCCUAUUCGAGCUGGUCAAAUACCAAUUUGCAGACAAUGGCGGUUUGUUUGUUAUAGCAUCGAAAUGCUCCGGGUACUGAUAAAACACGGGUUUGACGUCAACCAGAUCUUCAACAGAGAGACAAUGCUACAAAGAUUUAUCCUUGAUAUCAUCUCUUGGAAAUGGUUUCCAGAGGUCGUUAGAUAUCUCGCGUCCGAGGUCGAAAACAUAAACCAGUACAACGAGUACAAGGCAACUGCUCUGCACACUUGGCUUUGUUCGUUCAAAGUUGCUUACAGUUGGAAGGAAACCGAAGUCUUAGAUUUCACAGCUCACCUUCUUGACCAAGGUGCUAGCCUUUCAAUUGGUAACGCGCGAGGGAAUACGGCACUUCAUGUGGCAGCUGUGAAUACCCGUUAUGCGUCGGUUAUUCAACUUUUACUAGAACGUGGCGCAGACCUCGAUGCAAGAAACAACGCUGGUGAGACGCCACUUCAAUACGCUAUGAGACUUCUGGACUCGAAGAAUCCUUCGAGUGAAGGGCAGAAAGUUCUUCAAAUGCUUGCAGGAUGGACGUGGGUUCUGGGCAUUCCUUCUGUUAGGAAGUUGCUUGACAAGAUGCAUUAUGUAACAUAA